AUGUGUAGCCAACUCGUGACCUGCGACAGAGUGCGCAAGCUGCGACAGAAGUUGCUGAAUGAGGGCGGCGGCUCCAUCCGUUUACCUCAUAGACAGUGGCGGCGUCCGUCGUAA